AUGUUGUAUGAUCUUGACGAUCAAACAUCAGCCUCAACAUCUACAUUAAAGCAAUUGAAAAAGCCUACUUCUAGUGGCCGUUAUGCUAUUCUACCUUCUUAUCCAACGGUUGCGAAUCACACUGAUACAAAUUUACUUCUUACCAAUAUUCCAAGUCAUCAUCUGGAGAAAGAAGAUUUAGAACGCCGAUGUCAACAAGGAUAUCAUCAACCUACUGCUUUAAAACCGACCAAUGACCAUGAAAGACAAAUAUUUUCAUUAAGUCGUCUUUGGAAUAUCAACCGAGACAUUUUGAAACAUAAUUUUGGACAACUUAUGAACUUAAAUCGAUUAUUUGCGGCAAAUCGAAUUCAUUGUUUUUCAACUCGACCCGAUCAAGAAUACAUUGGUGAAGAAGAAUAUGCAUUAGCUUUGGAAUUCUUUCUACAAAUCGAUGUUCAUCUUUUCUAUAUGAAGACCUGCUCCUAUCGAGGUGCGCAAACAUUGCUUCUCGGUGACAAAAAUCUAUUUUGUCUAAGUGAACCACAGGCACGAUAUGGAAUCACUCGAUGUAAUGAAUUAUCUUGUUGCCUAUGCUAUCCAUCCUAUAAAGGAGUGUAUCGUCUCCAACAACCCAUCAUCCGAUUUGGAUCUCAUCAGCGACAUACAUUUAUUAAUGGAUACGAAUCGAUUCUUAAUUGUCCAGCGUCCUGUACAACAAAAAAUAUUAUCUAUGUUCUGACUUGUCCAUGCCGACAAGUGGAUUAUAUUGGUGAAACAAGUUCAUCACUUAAUCAUCGUCUAGUUUGUCACCAAGAGCAUGGAAAUCGUAUCUUACAAGAAUUUCUUUUCGGUGAGAAAAAUACAGCACGUAUUCGCAAUGAAUUGCCAUCAUUCGAAAAACUCGUUAAAAAUGAUAUGAAACUCUAUCAACAUUCAACUCGUUGUUCACAUGCUCUACAAUGGUUUCUUGAUGAAAAUCCUGAGUAUUGGCGUUUUAUUCCUCGAAAAAUGUCCGAAAGUGACGAGCAACGAGAAGAAAAGGAACUUGUACAGUAA